AUGAGUCGUCAUCUUUUUCUUCGAAUUGCAAAUGAAGUUGAACAACACGAUCCAUAUUUCAUCCAAACAACAGAUGCUGUUGGAGUUCUUGGUUUGUCAUGCCUUCAGAAGAUAACAGCUGCUUACAGAAUUCUUGCUUACGGAACAUCGACAAAUUCUGUGGAUGAAUACAUCAGAAUUGGAGAAAGUACUACCAUACUUAGUCUAAGAAGGUUUGUGAAAGUUGUUAUUGCAGUGUUUGACGACCAUUACUUGAGGCCACCAAACAAUAGCGAUAUUACUCGAUUGCUACAGAUAGGGGAACAACGUGGCUUUCCCGACAUGUUAGGGAGUAUUGAUUGCAUGCAUUGGAAGUGGAAAAAUUGUCCAACCGCAUGGCAAGGUAUGUAUACUGGUCAUUGUCAUGAACCAACAAUCAUUUUGGAAGCUGUGGCUUCUCAAGAUCUUUGGAUAUGGUAUACAUUUUUUGGGCUUCCUGGUUCGCUGAAUGACAUAAAUGUUCUAGAUAGGUCCCCUAUUUUUUCAUUAUUAGCAAAUGGUCAUACUCCUCCAGUAAACUAUACAAUUAAUGGCCAUGAGUAUACAAUGGGAAAUUAUCUAGCUGAUGAUAUUUAUCCAAACUGGUCGACAUUUGUAAAAACAAUUCCCUGCCCACAAGUACGCUUUUGGGAUGAAGAAACACUUGCAGAUAUUAUGAAAGCGUGCAUAAUAAUGCAUAACAUGGUCAUUGAGGAUGAAGGAGAUAUUGGUAACAAUGACUUUGAUGGAAGUGAUGCAAAUCCACCUGUAGAAGUGUUGCAUGCCUAUACACCAGAAUUGGAAGACUUCAUGCAAACCCAUUGUCAGAUUAGGGACACUGUAACUCAUUCUCAACUACAAUCAGAUCUUAUCGAGCAUUUGUGGGAACGCCAUGGCGAAGAAUAA